GACGUUGUUUUUCUUGCUGCAUGCAUCGGUUGGGAAGAAGAAUAAACAGUUUCUUGUAACUGCUGCAUGUUGUCAGAUUGAUUUGUUACUUGUUCUGUUUGCAUGAGUGGUUAAGAGAAACAAAAAUGGGUAUCUGCAUGCACUCCACGAGAAAGGAGUCCCUUGGUUUCUCUGAUGAUGAGCGGUGCAGGGUUUGCAAGGCAGGACAAAUGGGGGAGAUCACCAAUGUCACGGAGUACCAGGCCAUCGCGAAGCAGAAGCUUCCGAAGAUGAUCUACGACUACUAUGCCUCUGGAGCUGAAGAUGAGUGGACGCUCAAGGAGAACAGGGAGGCAUUCUCCAGGAUCUUAUUUCGUCCCCGCAUCCUGAUCGAUGUCUCAAGGAUCGACAUGACCACUACUGUUCUUGGGUUCAAGAUAUCAAUGCCCAUAAUGAUUGCUCCCAGUGCCAUGCAGAAGAUGGCCCACCCUGAAGGAGAGUAUGCAACUGCCAGGGCAGCUUCAGCAGCAGGAACUAUAAUGACACUAUCAUCUUGGGCUACUUCAAGUGUUGAGGAGGUCGCCUCAACUGGACCAGGGAUCCGUUUCUUCCAGCUAUAUGUGUACAAGGAUAGGAAGGUGGUUGAGCAGCUUGUCAGAAGAGCUGAAAGAGCCGGAUUCAAGGCGAUUGCCCUGACCGUUGACACUCCACGAUUGGGCCGCAGGGAAGCUGACAUCAAGAACAGGUUCGUUCUGCCACCCUACUUGACACUGAAGAACUUCGAGGGCCUGGAGCUCGGCACGAUGGACAAGAGCAACGAUUCCGGGCUGGCCUCGUACGUUGCUGGACAGAUCGAUCGCACGCUGAGCUGGAAGGAUGUGAAGUGGCUGCAGAGCAUCACGUCGCUGCCGAUCCUCGUCAAGGGUGUCAUCACCGCGGAAGACGCGAGGCUCGCCGUGCACUCCGGCGCCGCCGGGAUCAUCGUGUCCAACCACGGCGCUCGCCAGCUCGACUACGUCCCGGCCACCAUCAGCGCCCUCGAAGAGGUGGUGACGGCGGCGGCGGGGCGCAUCCCGGUGUACCUGGACGGCGGCGUCCGGCGCGGCACCGACGUCUUCAAGGCGCUCGCUCUCGGCGCCGCCGGCGUCUUCAUCGGGAGGCCGGUGGUGUUCGCGCUGGCGGCGGAGGGGGAGGCCGGCGUGCGGAACGUGCUGCGGAUGAUGCGCGACGAGUUCGAGCUCACCAUGGCGCUCAGCGGCUGCACCUCGCUCGCCGACAUCACCCGCAGCCACAUCUACACCGAGUCCGACCGCUUCGCCCGCCCCUUCCCGAGGUUGUGAGGAGCUCGCCGGCUAGCUCGCCGCCGGCGACCGGCCGGGCGGGCGGUCAGUCUCCAUCCAUGCACGCGUGCAAUAAUCCGUGACGAUAAUUUAAUUACCAGUAAUUAAUACGCUAGCUCAAUUAGCUGCUGGUGGCUGGCCGGGAGCUGCGAUUAAUAAUUAGGUAAAUUUUGCAAAAUCUCGUCGAUCCGUCGUAUCUGGGUCGUGUUUUUGCAUGAUCUUCCCAUCGAUUAAUUAUUAUACGGUUAUUAAUCAUGUAAUUGAGUACUGUACACGUAUUUGGUAUCUGUAUAUCCGUCUCAAAAUAUUUACGGAACGAUUUAUACUCCUUUUAAUUGAGCUGAAGUUUGAAGGUAUAAA